AUGCCUCGAACAACAUCCACCGACAGCUUCGACAGUCCUUCUGACGAACUCUGCGAAGCCAUCGAACUCCUCCGCCAUGUCGUAGACCUCUCCAACUCGCUACAAGCGGCGCGCGAUUUCCGCGAAGAAAUCGAAUUCCUCCGACGCCGCGAAGCACGCCUCCACCUCUUCGACCUAAUCGAAGUAAUGGACCAAGUAGUCUCGAGAAUAAAAAACGAACUAAUCGCCGCACGCUCACACGCCGGCACAGCCUUCUACGCUCUAACCGCCCGCGACCGCUCGGGCAUGCGCAUCUACCAUAGAGAAGACCUGAAGACAUACCUGGACGUCCGCAACGCCGACGACCCGCCCAACCCUUCUUCGCAGCUGUUCCAGGCCGCGCAGGCUGCGCGCUGGGACGCCGUCGAAGUCCAGCGCAAACAUCUUCGAGAGCGGCUUCGCUGGUUCAGAGAUUUGAUGCCGAGCAAUGUUCUCGACGACCCGGAUAUCCGUGAGCGGGUGGAGCAGCAUGCUGCCGAGGCUGAUAGGAUGGAGGUGGAUCAUGUUAACGCUGGGCGGGAGUUGCAUCAUCGAUUUAGGGAUAUGAUGCGGGACGACCAGUUUUUAUUUUUGCGGUGGUACGAGACUGAUCUUGCGGCGAAUGGGAUCCAUUGGAAUAGCAAGAAGCGUGUGUUUCACUUUGUCGGUGUUCAGACGACUUUGACUGCUUCGAGAUCGGAUUAA